AUGCUGAAUGAUCCUGAGUGCAAGGAACACAACAGUCCAAAAAUCAUUGACAGACAAGUUGUAACUCAAUUCUUCAUAUUCAAAGAUGAUGAGGCUGUCAACAACUUCUGGGUGGCGGCUAUGGCAGGGCAUAUGGAAUCCUCCUACAUUGUUGGCUUGCUAGGGUUGGUGAACCCUACGAAGGGCAAAGAGAAUGCAAUGGAAUUGUUGUGUCAUCUAAGCAAAACGAAGAAAAUUGACAUGCAAGCAUGCAGGGAAUCAAUUAUGAAUCGACUGAUGAGGUAUACAAUUUUGGGCUUGGUGACUCCUCCAACUCUUGCAAAGUUUACUGCUGACAUAAAUUUUUUUCUUAACUGCCUUAACUGUGAGGGUACCCGAGAGUGGUAUUUCUUAUGGGACAUGGGGGGCGAAUGGAAGAGGGAGUUGUACUGCUUCCAGCACAAACUCCGUAGGCAAACCUCGUGGAUUUAA